CUAAAACUUCAUCAUAACACGAUCCCAUAUACAGUUCCCAGCCAAUCAAUACCAAAACAAUUAUAGGAAGGACAUAUAAAGCUGUAGCAACUAGCAACAUGAAGAUGCGGCAGUAACCUCAAUCCAAUCAAAAUAUCAGAUAUAUCAAGCACUUGAUUGAUUUUUGGAUGGUCUUUGAAUCCAUAACAAUUUGCUUUGUGUUUCAGUUUUUUUUUCUUUUCUUCUCUUCUUUCUUUCUUUCUUUCUUUUUUCUUUUUUUUUUUGGAUGGGGUGGGGGGGGGGGGGACUGGGUCAAUUAAUCUCUCAAAUCAUAAAUUCUACAACUACUUUUUUUUUCCUGGUGAACUUCUGUAAGUAUCAGGUACAAACACGAGUCAUUUGGUUCAAGUUAGCACUAAAAUUUACAAGUGUCUAAAACCAGUAAACCAUGAUGCAGUAAAAACAUUUCAUGAGUUUUCUACUUAUUCGACUGGUUAAAAUAACAAAUCUUUAUGUCAUCUCUAUUUCCAUUUCAUAUUCAGUAUUGAUUCCAGCUUUUAGAACAUUAAGAAUAUCUGAAUAAACAUGUAAGAGAAUUUUUUUAUCUUUAUUCUUUUAUUCUGCAGAUAUGUUGGCAAGUCACCAGUUUCUAAGAAGGAAUUUGAUCAACAUGAACAUGAUCAUAACAAGAUGCAUGAAGAAUCAUCCCAACCUUGAUCAUCAUCUAUAUCUAGACACAUUUUGUACUAACACAUUUUGUAGAGGGAAAGGGGAAGACCAGAAGUCGGUAAGCCAAAAUUUCAAGGCAUGGCACUCGAGUCAUGUAAGUUUGGGACAAUUUGCAGAAGGUUCAAACCACAUCUCCUCAUGGUUCUAACUCAGAUUGGCUACACAUUUCUCUAUUUCCUAACAGAAGCUUCCUUCAAUCGUGGAAUGAAUCCUCAUGUCCACAUAACUUAUCGCCAUAUCGUAGCUGGUGUAGUGAUGUUGCCUUUUGCCUAUUUCCUUGAAAGAAAAGUAAGACCAAAGCUGACAUUACGAUUGUUUAUAGAGAUAUUUGUGCUCUCUUUCCUUGGGGUUGGCUUAACUCUAAACAUGUAUUUUGCAAGUUUGAGAUACACAUCACCAACAUUCAUUGCUUCUUUCGUCAACACCAUUGCUUCCUUGACUUUUAUAAUUGCUGUUGUACUCAGGUUAGAAGUCGUCAACGUUGCAAGCCCUCGUGGGAUGGCAAAAAUUCUUGGGACAUUAGUUUCCUUAGCUGGAGUUAUGACGAUGACACUGUACAAAGGUCCUCUCUUGAGAAACCCUUGGGGUGCUGUAGUCCACAUCCACGGAAAUACAAUUCAUGAGAACUGGUUGAAGGGUUCAAUUCUUACAGUAGCAAGCUGCAUAACAUGGUCUAUCUGGUACAUCAUGCAGGCAUUCACACUGAAGAAAUAUCCAGCACAGCUUUCACUGACUACAUGGAUGAGCUUCAUUGGGGCGGCACAAUCAGCUGUCUUCACGGCGUGCAUAGAACAUAAACGGGCAGCAUGGACCAUUGGACUUGACAUCAACUUAUGGUGCAUUAUAUAUGCUGGAGUGGUGUGCUCAGGAUUGAUAAUAUUCAUUCAACUAUGGUGCACAGAAGAGAAAGGACCAGUUUUUGUAACCAUGUUUAACCCGCUUUCAACAGUGUUAGUGGCAGUUCUAGCAUACUUUGUCCUUGGUGAAGGGCUGUAUAUAGGCAGCAUCGUUGGAGGAGCUAUAGCUAUCAUUGGUCUCUACUUGCUGCUGUGGGGGAAAGAAGGGGAUCAAGAAGUUCACAUCAAAUCUCAAGAGCCAUUACAUCUGACUUAUGAAGAGCAAAAAGAAACCAAGCUUCAUGUCAUCACAUCAGAGGAGAAGGCACUUCAGAUGGACCCCUAGAACUCUGAGACCACAUCAGAUUAACGAAAAAAAGAAUUACUGUAUGCAUAUCAAUUCAAGGGUACCAGAAGCAUUGCAUAUAAAUUUAGGUAGCACUGCAAAUAAAGUUAGGUCAAUUUCCUCAUUAUUUUAGUUUUCUCCACAAGCUUCUAUGAACAUGUUGCACAGAACCAAACUAUUGGGCGAGUUACAUGAAAUCCAAGUCUUAUGGUGUCAACUGCUGAAAUUGAUAAAAUACCUAAAAGUCGAUAAAUUUCCAAGCCAUGAUGCUGCAAUGCUAAUAGGGUAUAUGACGCCACAUAACAGGGCUGCAAAACUAAUGGUUAAGGAUCUCUUUGGCAUCUUCCUUUCAUAUCAU